AUGAAGGAAGCGGCAUAUGCUGAUGAAUUGAAAAUUCUUGCCGGUUUCAAAAACACUAAGAAUGAGUGGUAUGUGAAGGAAUCUGGAAGAAGACGUAGGAAAGCCACUCCAAUUGUUAAAGAAAGUGAAGGAUCGUCAUCAAAGCCGAAAAAGAAGCAAAAGAAAGCAGCAUCAAUGUCUUUAGUUGAUGAACCGGAAGAAGAUAAUCCAGUGGUAACAGCAGAGAAAGAACAAGUGACAACUACAACUGAUGAUCCAUUUAAUGUUGAUGUGCUAUUUAAUGCAGAUAUGUUGGAAACAUGGCCAGAAGUUGUGGCAAACGUUGAACAAGUCGCAAAUGUUGAAGCCCAGAAAGAUAAAGAAAAAGUUGCUGAUGAUAUUGAGGGUGACGAUGUUGAUAAAAGCACAACAAGUUCAUCAAGUUCUUCAGAUGAUGGUAUUGAUGAGGUUGAAAGCCGGAAAAGAAUUCAAGAUGAAAUAGAAAAAGAGAAUAUGUUGAGAAAGAGAAAAAGACAAGAGAAAGAUGACGAUGAUGUCUAUGUACCCUCUCCAGAGCAUGUCUCAGGAUCACAAUCUUCUCCAAAAGCAAGAAAGAAAGCUGGUGGUCGUAAGAAAGUAGUUUCUCCAAGAAUACGCAAAGUCAAUCCAAAGAAAUCUCCGAAGAUCGUGCUAAAGAAGAAACCAUCAAAAGAAAGUACAAAGCCUCCCACACCACCACAUGAACCAACAUCACCACAAUCACCUAUUCAUCAAUCACCUCCCAGACAACCUACUCCUCAACAACAAUCCUCACCACCUAGACUUCCAACACCUCCAAGACAACCAUCACCGAUUCAUCAAUCACCACCACCACAACAAACCUUAUUCACUUCACAAGAUCUAUUUGGUACACCUCCACUCACUCAGAUGCAACCUGGUUCUUCUAGCAGAGGUCUUUAUACACCACAGGAUAAUCUUAUGGACAUCGGAAAUUUCGACUUUGCAAAUAAUGAUCAAUUGUUGAAGUUGGAGAAAAAGGUGGAGGAAGUGAUAGUAGAAAACAAGAAGCUUGUUGCUGAAAACAAGAAGGUGUCUGAUAGAGAAAGAUUUCUUGAAAUUCGUGUGAAGAAGUUAGAGGAUGAAAAUCAAGUGUUGGUGAAAAAGAUUGACGCUGAUCAAUCUGAAAUUGAUAUAUUUAAAGUACGUGUUACGGAGCUUGAAGAAGAAAAGUCUAGAAAAGAUAAUCAGAAUGAAUACUUCAAGCUAAAGAACAAAGAACUGGAAGCAGCUAAAAAAUCAAGAAAUCAUGAAUUCUACAUGCUGAGUAAAGUCGUUGAAAGCAUGCUUGGAACUUCAAUUGAACAAAAAUUCGAAGAGCUGCAAGUAGAAGAGAUUAGAGCUGAACGUCAAGCAGAAAUUGAAAGACAGAUGAAAGACAAAGGUAAGGGAAUUGAAGGUAGUUCUGCUGUGACAGAAAGAUUAAUUGUUCCUUCAAUGGUCGUUGAGAAUCCCGAGCCUAUUUCUGCUAUUUCUGGUCUCUUUGAAGAUGAAACAACUCUUGUAGAGUUAGAAGGAUCUAGUAGUGAUGAUGAUGAUGGGGAAGAGGAGGAAGAAGAGAAAGAGGAUAAAGAUGAAAAAGUAUUUUCUGCUAGCAGUCACAGUUCAGAAGAUGGUGAUGAUGAUGACGCUGCAGGUGGUACUGGUUUAAGAGUAACUGAAGGUUCUUCUGAACAAGAUGUUGAUAAUCUAAUGAAUGAUACUAUUAAUGAAGAAUCAGGGGAAGCUAGUGGAAAGGGGGAGUCUAGCAAAUCUCAGAUCGUUGAGUAUUCUGAGAAGUUGUUCUUGAGUUUAGAUGUUUACAGAGAAAUAUUGCAAAAUGUGAAUCCUGAAUUCAGGAUUGAUUCUGAAGAAGAUUUAGAGUCUUUUGAUAUUAAUCAACAGCCUGAAUACUCGUACAAGUAUGUUGAAGAGGCUGAUAAAUAUGAUCGAGUUGAGAUUGAAGAUUGUACAGAUGAUGAAGAUGUGGCUGAAGAUACUUCUAAGUAUCCUACACUUAUGGAAUUCUUUGCUGAAGAAAACAGAGAAGAGUUAAGGCAGAAAGUAGCUGGGGCUGUGAAAGAUAAAACCUUCGACAGUACUCAAAAAGAGAUGGAAAAGGAAGAUAGGCCGAAGUGGUUCAAGAAAAGUCACGAGAGAAAGUUUAAAAGACCUUUGAAGUAUUUCAAACGUGAUCAAAGUGUUUCUCUUGGUGAUAUUAUCAGUUGGGGAUUUUUACCGCAGGUGAAUGCAUAUGCAAUCCGAAGAGAGUAUGGUGUCCAGUACUUUGAACGUUUAUAUGACAUCAUGUCAUUACCUUCGUGGGAUGUCGAUGAACUAGCAAAGGUAAAAUGUUUGGAUUAUCCUGUUCGGAAGCUUGAUGUUGCUAUGUGGGGAUACAUUAAAUUUGAAUCAUUAAAAGAAUUUCGCAAAUGGAAGCCACAUCAUCCAAAGCGUGUGUAG